AUGCCGCCACCGCCUUUGCAUUACCAGAUGUCGCUGCCGCCGCCUUCACAUGGUUUUAUGACCCCGCCGCCGCCACUGUCACAGAAUUUUAUGACCCCUUCUAGAGGCUAUUAUGGGUUUAUGUUUGUAUAUCCAACUUGGGUGUUCUCAAACCCUAAUCCCACUAUUCUCAACCCUUCCUUUAAACCCCUUUUAAACAGGCAAACCCUAAAGCCUCCAAGACCCUACCCAAAACCAAAGCACACCCCCAUUUCGUCAGUCCUUCAAUGGAACAGAAAGCCUGGGCUGGCGGGGGAGACCCCGCGCAUUGUGGUUAUAACAUCAGGGAAAGGCGGCGUUGGAAAAACAACUACCACCGCCAAUGUUGGACUUUCCUUAGCCCGUCUCGGAUUCUUUGUAGUGGCCAUUGACGCCGAUGUUGGCCUCCGUAACCUAGACCUCCUCCUCGGUCUCGAGAAUCGCGUGAAUUACACGGUCGUCGAGGUAAUCAACGGUGAUUGCCGGCUGGACCAAGCAUUGGUUCGAGACAAGCGUUGGUCCAACUUCGAAUUGCUUUGCAUUUCCACGCCCAGAUCGAAACUCCCCAUCGGAUUCGGUGGGAAAGCGUUGGUUUGGCUAGUUGACGCUCUCAAAGCGCGUGAGGAUAAAUCUCCGGAUUUCAUACUAAUUGAUUGUCCGGCGGGGAUCGACGCAGGGUUCAUAACGGCAAUAACUCCGGCAAAUGAGGCGGUUCUGGUGACGACGCCGGACAUAACUAGCUUAAGGGACGCGGAUAGAGUGAUGGGGCUGUUAGAAUGCGAUGGGAUAAGGGAUAUCAAAAUGAUAGUGAACAGAGUAAGGACCGAUAUGAUAAAAGGAGAAGAUAUGAUGUCAGUUUUGGAUGUGCAAGAGAUGUUGGGGCUGCCAUUGUUAGGGGUAAUUCCUGAGGAUUCCGAGGUCAUUAAUAGCACAAAUAGAGGGUAUCCGCUUGUUCUGAAUAAGCCGCCAACCCUUGCUGGAUUGGCUUUCGAGCAAGCUGCUGGGAGGCUUAUUGAGCAGGAUAGUAUGAAGGCUGUUAUGGUUGAGGAGGUGCCAAAAAAGCGUGGCUUUUUCUCCUUUGGAGGGUAGGGAAAAUAAAGUUGG